GAUCCAGGCGGGAGUUUUGGCCCUGGCCGAGCCAAUCGGGCUUGGCUUGGCUUGGCAUCGAUCUUCUGCUGCGAUUCAAUCAUGUGUUCGAAAGCCCCGUGCUCUCAGAGGCCCCUCAGCCAGGACCAUUCCCACCUCCUCUCCUUUCGCCUUUCGACGCAUCGAAGCGACUGUCCUCCGCCUCUGUCUCGCCUUGGCCAUGAAACAAAACUACGAGCACAUCAUUGAGACGCCGCAGCAGUCUCUGGCAUCGAUCGGAGCAUCGACUGGCGUAUCAACCAACGCGCUCGUCUCAUCGCGGUCGCUGUUAGCAUCGGCACCGCCGCGACCUCCUGCUGUCGAGUUCAUCGAGAAGAAGCGGCGGUGCCACGAUGUCUUCUUCCUGCUCCUCUACCUGGUCUUUUGGAUCGGGCUCGUGUGGCUCACGACCAUCAGCAUCCGAAACGGGAAUCCGGCGCAGCUGCUCAUUCCCACGGACUACCUCGGCCAGAGCUGCGGCGUCAACAACACUGCUCAAAACGCCAGCAAGGCCGAUUUCACACACUAUCCGUAUGCGUACUUUCUCGAUCCGCUCGAUAUCCUCAACUUCCCACAGAUCUGCGUCAAGACCUGCCCGGACCAGGACGUGCUCGCCAACCUGUCGAAUGCCAUCUGCGUCUACGGAUACCCUCGGCCAACGACACAAAACGAGCUCUCCUUUGCAAUCCAGCAGCGCUUGUGCGCGCCGUAUAUCUAUGCAGGCGAGCCUCUGCUUGGGCGAUGCGUCCCGAGCCAGCCCAUCCCCAGCCAGGUGCUGCAGAGCGCCAGCCAAAACAUCACCGUGGGCAGCACAGUCGUCGACUUUGACGUCGGCAAGCUCCUGGCCCAGGGCAAAACCCUGCUGGCGCAGGUCAUGGCGGACGUGUCGCAGACCUGGUCCUGGCUGGUCGGCGGCGUCUUUAUCGCCGUGCUGGUGUCGGGGCUCUGGCUCGUGGGCAUGCGUUGGUUUGCGGGCCCGUUCGUGUGGCUCUCGGUCGUGAUCAGCAACCUGGCCGUCGCCUCGGGUGCCGUUGUGCUGGCCGUUUCCGUCAAGAUGAAGAACGAUGAUGCCGUCGCAGAGGAUCCCACGCUCUCGGGGCUCGAUCCCAGUCUCCGAGGCCUCCUCGCAGCCACAAUCGUUGUGGCCAUCAUUGCCCUUAUCCUCAUGGCCAUUUCGCUGGCCCUGCGCAAAGAGAUAUCCUUGGCGAUCGAAGUCAUCAAGGAGGCGGCGCUGGCAAUCCAGCGAAUGCCGUCGCUUGUCGUGUUCCCGUUCAUGACCUGGGCUAUUGGGAUAGCGCUGAUUGCACACUGCCUCAUCGUGUUUGCGUAUCUGGCCUCGCUCGGCAGCACCUUCAAGAUCACCGACUUUGGCCUCAGCCUCCAGAACCCAAGUCUCCCGUUUUACCUCGAGAUCUACCACUUUUUCGGCUUCCUCUGGAACUGGGCCUUUCUCAGCGGCUUCCACAUGGUCUCGCUGGCGGGUGCCUUUGGCGAGUACUACUGGGCCCGAAACAAGUCUAACCUCCGGUACCCGCUCGCUGCCUCCGUCGGGCGAGCGCUGCGGUACCACCUGGGCAGCAUCGCAAUCGGAUCACUGCAGAUUGCCGUGAUCCAGGUCCUCAGCUUGAUCAUGUUCUUUCUCCACAAACGAGCGACCGAGUCGCGAUUCCCGGUAACCAACUUUUGCAUGGCGUGCCUCGACUCGUUCCUCAAGACGAUCCGGCGCAUCCUGCAGUACAUCGACAAGAAGGUGUACAUCCACAUUGCCACGAAGGGCAAAUCGUUCUGCCGGUCGACCGACUCGGUUCUGGGGCUGCUCGUGCGCAACGCCAGCCACACUGUCCCCGUCGGCUUCGUGACAGAGUUCAUGCUGCUGCUCGGGGCCAUCAACGUCACGUUCAUCAGCGGGCUGAUUGCCUGGGGACUGCUCUCGUGGCAGGCCGACAAUGUCCAUGUGGUCAGCAUCUUGACGCCGACGGUGCUGAUCGGACUGGAGGCCCUGAUGAUAUCGUAUCUGUUCCUGUCGGUCUAUCACAUGGGCAUCGACACGCUGUUCCUUUGCUUUCUGGAGGACUUUGAGGUCAACGACGGGUCCGAGGCACGGCCGUAUUCCAUGUCGAAACGCCUGAUGCGCAUUGGCCACGUCGUCCAGAGGCCGAGCAAGGAGGAGGAGGCGGCGUGCAGAUCGCAGAGCCGGCUCUAGCGAGCAGCAUGCGGCUGGAUGGCUUGCCGUCUGGGAUCGAUCAUGAACAUGGUCUGUUGCGUCACUUGGUAUGCUACUUGGUGCGUCACUUGGUAUGCUACUUGGUGCGUCACUUGGUAUGCUACUUG